UCUCUCCCUCUCUCUCUAGUUCAGUGUUUAGGGAAAAUGGCAGAGGCCAGUAUUGCAGUAGAUCAGUUCAUCUGUCCAGUGUGUCUGGAUCUCCUGAAGGAUCCGGUGGCUAUCCCCUGUGGUCACAGUUUCUGUAAGGUGUGUAUUAAUGACUGCUGGGAUCAGGAGGAUAAGAGUGGAGUUUAUAGAUGUCCUCAGUGCAGAGACACUUUCACUCCAAGGCCUGUUCUACGCAGAAACAACAUGCUGGCUGAAGUGGUGGAGAAACUGAAGAAGAAGACUGAAGUCCAAGCUGCUUCUCCUGCUCACUGUUACGCUGGACCUGGAGAUGUGGAGUGUGAUUUCUGCACCGGGAGAAAACACAAAGCCAUCAAGUCCUGUCUAAUGUGUCUGGCUUCAUUUUGUGAAACUCAUUUGAAACCUCACUAUGAAGUUCCUGGAUUGAUAAAGCACAGUUUAGUGGAAGCUUCUGGAAAUCUAGAAGAGAAGAUCUGCUCUGAGCAUGAUAAAGUGCUGGAGAUCUACUGUCGUACUGACCGACGCUUCAUCUGUUAUCUUUGUAUGACAGAUAAACACAAAAGCCACGACACUGUCUCAGUUAAAGCUUACAGAACUGAAAAACAGAGUGAGUUAAAGGAGAAGCAGAUGAAAUCCCAGCAGAGAAUCCAGGAGAAGCAGAAGAAGGUGCAGGAGCUGAAACAGGCUGUGAACACUAUGAAGCUGAGUGCACAAAAAGCAGUGGUGUACAGUGAGAGGAUCUUUACUGAGCUGAUCAGCUCCAUGGAGAAAAAGCGCUCGGCGGUGACGAAGCUGAUCAGAGCUCAGGAGAAGGCUGAACUGAGUCGAGCUGAACGACUCCUGGAGCAACUGGAGCAGGAGAUUGCUGAUCUUCAGAGGAGACUCACUGAGCUGGAGCAGCUUUCACACACACACGAUCACAUCCAGUUCCUCCAGAGUCUCCAGUCUCUCAGUGUCUCUUCUGGACGUGUGGACUCACCCAGUAUCAUUGUCAAUCAACAUCUCUUAUUUGAAGGUGUGAGGAAAUCUCUCUCUGAUCUGAAAAAGAGACUCGAGGAAUUCUGCCAGGAGGAGUUCAUCAAAAUCCCUCGACAUGCUGUAGCAGUUCAGAUGAUUUUACCCUCAGAACCAAAGAGCAGAGAAGAUUUUCUGUUCUAUUUCUGUCGUCUGACUCUGGAUCCCAACACAGUAAAUUAUGAACUCAUUCUGUCUGAGAAGAACAGAGCGGUGACGUGUGACAGUCAGAGAAAGCAGCCGUACUCUAAUCAUCCAGAGAGAUUUGACUACUACAGGCAGGUGUUGAGUAAGGAGAGUGUGUGUGGACGCUGUUACUGGGAGGUGGACUGGAGCAAAGUGGAAGGUGUCUACAUAUCAGUCUCAUAUAAAGACAUCAACAGGAAAGGAUCGGGUAUGGAGUGUCUGUUUGGAUACACCAAUCAGUCCUGGAGACUGGAUUCUCCUUCUGCUCUCUCUUUCUAUCACAACUCCAUCAGGACUGAUCUCAGAGUUCCAUCAUCCUCCAGAAUAGGAGUGUAUGUGGAUCACAGUGCAGGAACUCUGUCCUUCUACAGCGUCUCUGACACGAUGAAGCUCCUCCACAGAGUCCACACCACAUUCACUCAGCCUCUGUACACUGGAUUCACGCUCAGCCCUGGAUCAACUGUGAGAUUAUGUGAUCCAGAAUAAAAUGCUCCUGGUUUCUUCUUUUCAUAUGAAUCUUACUGAAAUAAAGGUUUAAUAUGAAAUGUUCACUAUUACUGUUCUCUUCUGUCCUCUGUCUUUUUGGACAUUUGGAUGAUGUAAUUGUGACUAUUAUAAAACAAAACAACAUGUAUGUAACCAGAGUGUGUGUCCACAGUAGCAGUGGAUGUGUGUGUGCAGUUUGCUGCAGUGGUUUGGACAUUUACACAUUUCUGUUUAUUGUGGGAUUUUUGGAAUUGGCAUGAGUGCUCUGAAGAUUCUCAGUGCGUCCAGGAUGGAUUAUAAAAUGUUACAGAUCCCUAACUAGUGCACUACAUGCUGUUAUAACACACAUAAUCACCAGAGGAGGCUGUAAAAAAAAAUGUAAAACAUAACUGCUGAGGGAGAUACACUGUGAGUUUACACAGGAUCUUUACUGUAAUCUUUAACGCAUGCAUGAGAGUCACAUGACCAACAACAAACGACGCCUUGUGGUGGCCGGAAUCACAUGACCAC